AUGGGCAAAGAAACGCGUGAAGCAGAAAGUGUGGAGAACGAUGACAAGCGGGUGAACAAAAAGGUUAAAAAAGAAACUUCAUCAUCUUCCGUCGCGACCAGGAAAGAAGGUGGUGAGCCGCAUCAUGAUGAAGAAAUGUCACAUCCAAAUUUCCGGCGCUGCACGGACCGUCUUGAAACUUAUAUUCACAAUUGGAUGGGUCAAGCACACGGAGUGCCUUCGGUGCUGCCCACAGCACUUCCACCCAUCGAUCCCCUCCCAACAAUCCUCGAUAUGAUGAUUCCGGAGGUAAACGAAACCUCAAUUACACUGACAACUAUGACCCCCACUCUGGACAUCACCGCAAUUGAAGCUGAAGGUACAGGUGUCGCUUAUGAUGAAGUUACGCUUUUACAUGCCUCUACCGAUCCGGGAGACUACGAACGCCCCGGAAGACUCCAACGAACAUUAGAUCACCUCGAGGUGAUUGGGCUUCUCGAAUGCUGCCGUCGUUUGCAUCACCGCUCCGCUCGCACAAGGGAAUUGCGCCUUGUGCACUCGACUGAGCACAUUGAUAGUGUAGACCAACUAGAGGUUGCUACGCUGCUACGCAAGCCUGGAGAGAGCUGCAAUGUGGGCGAGGACCUCUACGCAAAUGAAAAUACAUCUAGAGCGGCGCGUGCUGCGGCCGGUUGCGCAAUAGCGGCUGCUCUGAGUGUCGUCCGCGGUGAGGUGCGCAAUUCAUUUGCAUUGAUUCGCCCACCAGGUCACCAUGCGGGACGUGACAGGGCGUCAGGAUUUUGUUUCUUCAACAAUGUUGCAGUUGCCGUGCGUGCGGCCCAGCGGGAACUAAAGAAGUUGCAAGAAGGUGGUAACGCCGCACCUUCUCCCCGUAGCUCCGGUGGCCCUUGUGAACCUGCUUCAACCGCAGCAGAGCCGCGUGUACUUGUGAUUGAUUGGGAUGUUCAUCAUUGCGAUGGUACCGAAAACAUAUUUUACGAAGAUCCCUCAGUUGUAGUUGUGUCUAUUCACCAACAUGGUUCGAAACGGGGGCAUAUCUUGCGGAAGAACCCCACUGUAGUGGACAACAUCGUGGAAUUAGAUGACUUGGCCGCGUUGAUGGACCCAAUUGAGGAUGUGAAACCGGAGCUCUGCGGUGGUGACGACAGCGUGAGGAAUAAGGAAACUGAUCAGGAAGUAGCGGAAGGUUUAGCUUGUGGUACGGUGCCGAAUGAAAGGUCUCCCGUGAAGGAGGAGGAAUCAACUGGCGGUGAGUGUAAACACGAGUCACCACAGGAUGAUGAAGAAAAAAAAGAGUCGUCGUGUAGGAGACAGCGCAAACCUGUGGACUACAACAAACUGGCGGAGGAAAUGGCGAAUCAGGACGACGAGUUGGCUCGAAUUUUCGGCGUUAACGCAGAGGAGCUUGCGAGAUUCCCCGAAUCAGGUAGUAGCGGUAGUGAAAGCGACUCGUCAACAUCGUCUGAGUCACAGGAAAGGGCGGGAAAACUCUCUGGUGACUCAGAGGGGUAUUCUUAUUCUGAUGAGGAUUCUUCAAACGAACCGAGACCAUUUUAUCCUUCCACGGGGCAUAUGGAUCGCGUUGGGGGCGAUGCCAACCCAGAAGCGAAGGGAAAGAACAUAAAUAUACCAUGGCCUACCCAUAACAUGGGAGACUUGGAGUAUCUGCAAGUUGUCCUAGACGUGGUACUACCGGUGAUGCGGGAGUUUGAACCAGAGGUUGUGUUUGUGAGCUGCGGUUUCGAUUCUGCUGCUAGGGAUCUCCUUGGCUCCAUGCAAGUAACACCUUCUGGUUAUUAUCUGCUUGUGAAAGCCCUCGCUGCUGUGUGCCCCAAACUUGUUGUAGUGCUUGAGGGAGGAUAUAACUUGUCAAAUGUGGCGCGGUGCUCGGAAGCGGUAAUGCGGGCCCUGCUGGAAAGCAACGGAUCGCGGUCGAAGCUGCCGAGGAGUCGAAUGUUGUGGUGUCAAGCUGAGGAAUUGGUGCAACAAGUGCGAGAAACGCACGGUGGAUAUUGGCAGUGCCUCAAUCCCAAUUCUUUUGACCAUAUGUGCAAGUAA